CUAACUGACUCUAUCUAUAGAUCAAUAAGAGUGAGAAUAAGAGUGAUCAUUGGAGGAUUUAUAAAUAUUAAUUAAAUAUAAAACUUAUGAUGUACAAUUCUGAGUGAUAACUUUUCUCUCGACAGUUCGGUGUAAAACGAGGGACAACGUGUUGAUGCCAAUAUGCGGCCGACUGGUGAAAUAAACGCCUCAGCUGCAUGGAAACCUGGAGUAUAGUGUGAAUCCGCUGUCCCAAUAUUGGGACCCCGACAACAUGCAACCCACAGAUGGCUACAGGCCUUUACCCAUGGAUCUACACGUGACACCACAAGGCUAUCAUCCAUAUUACAGGUUACAAUUGGGUUUGAAAAACUUUACUACAGCGUCAAGUCCGAGACCUACAAUUGACACAUUCAGCAUCCUUGAGAUGAGAAAAGAGAAAUCACGUGACGCUGCACGGUCCAGGCGGGGGAAAGAGAAUUAUGAAUUCUACGAAUUGGCCAAAUUACUACCACUCCCAGCAGCCAUAACUAGCCAACUAGACAAAGCAUCUAUCAUAAGACUUUCCAUCAGCUAUCUAAAGCUAAGAGACUUCUCCGGUCAUGGUGAUCCACCUUGGAGCAGAGACGGACCCAGUUCCAAAAGUAUUAAAGGAAAAUGA